AUGGGCAGCAUCAUUCAAAAGGGACAAGGGACAGUAUCAUUCAAACGAACAAUGGGCAGCAUCAUUCAAAAGAGACAACGGACAGCAUCAUUCAAAAGGGAAAAGGGAGAGCAUCAUUCAAACGAACGAUGGGCAGCAUCAUUCAAAAGGGACAAGGGACACCAUCAUUCAAAAGGAACAAGGGACAGCAUCAUUCAAAAGGGACAAGGGACACCAUCAUUCAAAAGGAACAAGGGACAGCAUCAUUCAAACGAACGAUGGGCAGCAUCAUUCAAAAGAGACAAGGUACAGCAUCAUUCAAAAGGGACAAGGGACAGCAUCAUUCAAAUGAACGACGGGCAGCAUCAUUCAAAAGGGACAGUAUCAUUCAAAAGGGACAAGGGACAGUAUCAUUCAAACGAACAAUGGGCAGCAUCAUUCAAAAGGGACAAGGGACAGCAUCAUUCAAAAGGGACAAGGGACAGUAUCAUUCAAAAGGGACAAGGGACAGAAUCAUUCAAACGAACGAUGGGCAGCAUCAUUCAAAAGGGACAAGGGACACCAUCAUUCAAAAGGAACAAGGGACACCAUCAUUCAAAAGGAACAAGGGACAGCAUCAUUCAAACGAACGAUGGGCAGCAUCAUUCAAAAGAGACAAGGUACAGCAUCAUUCAAAAGGGACAAGGGACAGCCUCAUUCAAACGAAUGACGGGCAGCAUCAUUCAAAAGGGACAGCAUCAUUCAAAAGGGACAAGGGACAGUAUCAUUCAAACGAACAAUGGGCAGCAUCAUUCAAAAGGGACAAGGGACAGUAGCAUUCAAAAGGGACAAGGGACAGCAUCAUUCAAACGAACGAUGGUCAGAAUCAUUCCAACGAACGAUGGGCAGCAUCAUUCAAAAGGGACAAGGGACAGCAUCAUUCAAACAAAUGACGGGCAGCAUCAUUCAAAAGGGACAAGGACAGUAUCAUUCAAACGAACAAUGGGCAGCAUCAUUCAAAAGGGACAAGGGACAGUAGCAUUCAAAAGGGACAAGGACAGCAUCAUUCAAACGAACGAUGGUCAGAAUCAUUCCAACGAACGAUGGGCAGCAUCAUUCAAAAGGGACAAGGGACAGCAUCAUUCAAACGAACGAUGGUCAGCAUCAUUCGAAAGAACGAUGGGCAGCAUCAUUCAAAAGGGACAAGUUACAGCAUCAUUCAAAAGGGACAAGGGACAGCAUCAUUCAAACAAACGAUGGGCAGCAUCAUUCAAAAGGGACAAGGGAUAG